GUUACCAAGCUGUUUAAGCAAGCCAGCAUCAUGAAACUGUUAUUGCUGUGUCUGUUCUGUGUUUCCAUAAGUAAAUCCACGGCGUCUACAGAUUAUGAUGAUGAGGAAAGUGACCACCGUUUCAAGGCUGAUGGCGUAAGAGUGGAUGCUCGAGGUCACAGACCAGUAGAUAGAAGACGGGAGUCAGCUCCAACUCUCAGACCAGCUCCUCCUCCCAUUAGUAAAGGUGGAUAUCAGGCUCGUCCAACAAAACCACCCACUUGGGCCCAGAAGAAAGAAAAAACCGUUUAUCCUGAUGCUGGAGGCUGCAGGCAUGCAUCAGAUGAGCUAGGAGUGUUGUGUCCAACCGGGUGUGAGCUGCAAACUGCAAUGGUAAAACAGGAAAAAAGUGUGAAAUCCGACAUUUGGGACCUAAAGAACAAAGUAGAUAAACAGUCUGAAACCUCUUCAAUAUUCUAUGAGUAUAUGACUACACUAGAAGAUAAAUUGGCAAGAAGACAGAAACAAAUAAAAGACAAUGAAAAUGUAGUUUCUGAGUACAACACAGAGAUAGAGCAGCACUAUACGUACGUCAGAGAGAACAUAGACAACAACAUCCCAUCUAGCCUCCGAGUCCUCCGUUCCAUUGUGGAUACCUUACAGAAAAAGAUACAAAAACUGGAAAAUGCUAUAGCAUCCCAAAUGGACAAUUGCCGCUCUUUGUGCAUUGUUUCCUGUACUAUCCCAGUGGUGUCAGGCAAAGAAUGUGAAGACAUUAUCAGAAAAGGAGGUGAUUCAUCUGAAAUGUACCUCAUUCAGCCUGAUGCUUUCUUCAGACCAUACAAGGUUUACUGUGAUAUGACCACAGCAAAAGGAGGUUGGACUGUGAUUCAGAACCGCCAGGAUGGCAGCGUUGGCUUUGGGAGAACAUGGGAUGCAUAUAAAAAAGGAUUUGGAAAUAUUGCAAAAAGUGGAGGGAAAAAAUACUGUGAUACUCCAGGUGAAUAUUGGCUUGGAAAUGACAAAAUCAGCCAGCUUACCAAAAUGGGACCAACUGAAGUUUUAAUUGAAAUGGAGGACUGGAAUGGUGAAAAGGUUUCAGCUCUUUAUGGAGGAUUCACCAUACAAAAUGAGGCAAACAAGUAUCAGAUAUCAGUUAGUAACUAUAGAGGCACGGCUGGCAAUGCUCUUAUGGAUGGAGCUUCACAACUGUAUGGCGAGAACAGAACAAUGACAGUUCACAAUGGCAUGUUCUUCAGCACUUUUGACAGAGACAAUGAUGGAUGGGUUCAUGCAGAUCCAAGAAAACAGUGUUCUAAAGAAGAUGGUGGUGGUUGGUGGUACAAUCGAUGCCAUUCAGCCAAUCCCAAUGGCAGAUACUAUUGGGGAGGGCAGUACACAUGGGAUAUGGCAAAACACGGCACAGAUGAUGGAGUUGUAUGGAUGAACUGGAAAGGGUCAUGGUAUUCAUUGAAGAAGAUGAGUAUGAAGAUUAGACCAUUCUUUCCACAAUAAUCAUCAUUAAAAUGAACAUCAUAUGUUUUCAUGACCAUAUCGAAGUUAACUUCUUUUAGUGCAUGAUAUUUGAUUUUGCCUUUACAUAAGAGAAUCAAAAAUACCAAAGUUUAUAUGUCUGACUAUAUUGUGACUUGAAUUGGAGAAGUCAUGCUGAAUACAACCCUAUGUCUGACCCAUUAAAAAAAACUUGCAAGUGUCUUUUGUACCAUUUGUACUUGAUCCCAAGAUGGAAGUAACUGAAAAUAUCAAUUCCUUUUGCUUAUAAAACAAUUCAAAAUCAGAUAUGAGGAGAGAGAGAAUUAUUUAGCUUCACUGAAAAUGUUUAAAGUAACUAAAAUCUUAAACCAAAAGUGUCUUAUAAAUUAUACUUAUUUAUAUGUUACCAGUGAAUAAGCAAAUGUGUUCAAAUAGGUGGCAGAAGAUAUAUUAAUGUUCAUUAAAUAUUUUCUACUACUGCAGAAGAAUGUAUUCUUAUUCAGAAAAAUGCACAAAGUAGCACAAAACAAAGUUAUUUCCUUGACCAACACAGGCUAUAGGGAUCUAGUGACAUUUCACUCUGCACCCCUCUCUUCCCUUCAGGACCAGUCCCAGAAUCAAACCUCCCUCCUGCAGGCCUCUCUCAGCCCUCUAUAAGUAUCACCUGACCCCUUCCCAGCUGGGUCUGAUAAUUGGACAGAGCUGCCUGGCCUCAGGCCCCUAGCCCAUAGAGGGGCAGACUGCUCUGUUACAGCCUCCAUAGGGAGGCAGAAACCCCCUUUCUAUGGCCACAGGUUCCUGUCCACACCUGAUCAUGGAGGGGACCUCAGUCCUUCAGCAAAACCUCCACUGAUGUUAAGCAAAGAAGGUUAGUGUGACAAGAACUGAGUGAGGACUACAAGAGUGUGUCCAUGAUUACCUCUUUGUCAGUACCUAAAGAUAUUGUUACAAUACAUGCUAAACCAUGUGAUUAGAAGCAGGGAGAGUCCAGUCACACUCUCAGUUAUCAGUCGCACAAAGAAAACUUAUGCACAGUAAAUAUUUGUCGGUUAGCUUUAAAUUUAAAGGUACACAUCUCCACGAUAAGCACAAUGCAUCCUUGUUACUCACAGGAUGUAAUUGUUCUUCCAUUCAGAUAAGCUUUUGAUUAAAUAAAAUUCUUAUCGGUAUGUUGUUGUAUAAAAAAUAGCACAUUUGUAUAUGAACCCUAGCUACA